UAAAAGACCGAAAAUAGGGACGACCACAGCAAAAGAAGAGAGUAAAGAAUAGGCCAUGGCUGAGUGGAUGAUUACUUCUCAAAGUGAACCGUGACAGAAUGGUCGACUGUAUGAGCAAAGUCAUGCUGCACACGGUCGUCUCAUGCUGGCAGCCAUUCCUGGGACUGGCCCUCGUGGCUGUCUUUGUGGGUUCUACCCUGGGAUGUCCCUCGCGCUGCGAGUGUUCGGCUCAGAGCAAGGCAGUUGUCUGUCACCGCAAGCGCAUGCCCAGCAUCCCGGACGGCAUCCCAACCGAGACCAGGAUCCUGGACCUGAGUAAGAACAAGCUGACAAUGAUCAACCCUGAUGACUUUAUUGCCUUUCCUGGGCUUGAGGAGCUUGACCUCAGUGGAAAUAUUAUCAGUUAUGUCGAGCCUGGAGCUUUCAACGCCCUCUUUAACAUGCACUCGCUCAGUCUCAAGAGCAAUCGUAUCAAGCUUAUUCCUCUGGGCGUCUUUGCAGGUUUGACAAAUCUUACCCGACUGGAUAUAAGUGACAACAAGAUCGUUAUCCUCCUGGAUUAUAUGUUUCAGGACUUGCACAAUCUAAAAUUUUUGGAAGUGGGUGACAACGAUUUGGUUUACAUUUCUCACCGUGCAUUCAGUGGACUAUUAAGCCUGGAAAUACUAACCCUGGAAAGAUGCAAUCUUACAGUUGUGCCCACUGAGGCCCUCUCCCACCUGCAUAACCUUGUCAGCCUCCAUCUACGAUACCUCAGCAUCAACACCUUGCAUCCUUACUCAUUCAAAAAGCUGUUCCGGCUGCGGCAUUUGGAAAUUGAUAAUUGGCCUGUGCUAGACCAUGUGCCAGCCAAUACCCUGCAUGGCCUCAACCUGACGAUGCUGUUUAUAACCAAUACCAACUUGUCCUCCUUCCCUUACCAAGCCCUGAAGCAUCUGCCCUACCUGACACACCUCAACCUGUCCUACAACCGCAUCAGGCACAUCGAAGGGGGGAUGCUUAUGGAGCUGGUUCGGCUGCGAGAGCUCCAUCUGGUUGGUGCUCAGUUAACCACCAUCGAACCGUAUGCUUUCCAGGGCCUGCGGGGCCUUAAAGUUCUUAAUGUCUCUCACAACCGACUGGAUACACUGGAGAAGAGUGUUUUUCAGUCCCCUGAGGCUCUGGAGGUUCUUCUGAUUGACAACAACCCCUUAGUGUGCGACUGCCGUCUUAUGUGGAUUCUACAGAAAAGGCACUCCAUCUUCUUUGGGGAUUCGCAGCCGGAGUGCAGCACACCUGAGGGUAUCCGCGGCAGGCCUUUUAAGGAAUUUAAGGAGACUCUUCUGUCUUAUUACGUGACAUGCACCAAGCCAAAAAUUCGUGAGAAUAAAACACAAACAAUCACUGUGGAUGAGGGCCAGCAGGCAAUGUUGCGCUGCAGUGCUGAGGGGACUCCAAGACCCAUUGUGUCCUGGUUGUCCCCACGCCGACGAGUGCUGACAAGUAGGAGCCAUGGUAGAGUGACCGUACACAACAACGGUACACUGGAGAUCAAGUCAGCAGAGGUACAAGACAGCGGAGUGUACCUUUGCCUAGCAUCAAACACUGCUGGGAAUGACACCCUGAUGACUUCACUGGCUGUGAAAAGUCUGGGAUCACUCUACGCUAACAGGACCCAGUACUACACAGAUCCCAGCAAUACCACUGCCAACGGGACGACCGGUGUGACCCUCGGUUUGGACCUAAAGACUAUUCUAGUGUCAACAGCUAUGGGUUGUUUUACGUUCCUGGGAGUGGUCUUGUUUUGUUUCCUGCUCCUUUUUGUUUGGAGCAGAGGAAAAGGAAAACAUAAAAACAACAUAGAUGUUGAAUAUGUGCCUCGGUCAAAGUCUAAUGGCACUAACGUUGACUCGGCAGAGGGACAAGCAGGACCUCGUCGUUUUAACAUGAAAAUGAUGUAACUUUUUUAUAGAUUCGAUA